AUGGGGGGAGGCGCGCGGGAGGCCGCGGACGAAGGCGGGGGAGUGGCGGUUGCGCGGAGCGGCGACGGUUCGCGGGCGGGAAGUGCUGACGUAUUCGCAGAUGGCACCGGUUUUAAAGACAGGAGGGAAGCGCUAGGCGCAGCGGAGCGCGGGGGUUUUGGGGUCGUCGGGUUCGCGCUGUGUGUGGGGAGGGGGGAUGGGAUGAAGGAUGAAGGGCAGGAGGAGGAGCAUAUUAUAGAGGGAGAGGAUAAGGAGGAUGAAGGGGCUGUAUGCGAUAGGAGGGAACAAGAAGCGGCUGGAAGGGAGGAAGGGGGAGGGGCGCUUGUGCGGGGCUGUGGCGGAAGCAGGUUGGCAGAAGGUAGUGCGGAGGACGAGGGGGAGUGGGGGAGUGAGUACCCUGGCGGGGGAGGUGCCUCAAGAGACAGUCAUGGGAUUGAGACGGCGGUAGAAGGGGCGCGGGGAGGGCAAGGAAACGGGCGGGAUGAAGAGGAGGGAGGGGGGGGUAACGAUGGGAAUGCUGAAGAGGCUGCGACUGCCUCUCUUCCUGAUGCCCAGCCAGUUUCUGCCGCCGCUGCCGCCGCUCCUGUCGCUGCUGGUAGUGCUGCUGGUGGACGUGGCGAUGGUGUAGCGGAAGAGAUAGCGGUAGCCACAGCAGCUGCGGCGGCGGCGGCAGCGGUGGCGAGGGCAGGAGCGGGUGCAGUGGCGGCUGUGGUAGUGAUGACGGACACAGGUGCAGGACAGGCAGAGGGCGAGAGUGAGAGAGAGAGGGAACGAGGACGGGAGAGGGAGAGCGAGAGGGAGAGGGAAAGGGAGAGCGGUUGUGAGAGAGCGAGGGAGACGGAAACGGAGAGGGAGAGGGAGAGGGAGAGGGGUGCGGUAGGCAAGAGAGCGAGGGCGCUGUCAGGAGGCCUGUGCGGAGAGAUGCAGACGGAAGCUCACCAUGGAAUGGAGGGCGACGGGCGAGAGGGCAAGCGCCUGAGAGACACAGCGGCCGCGGGAGAGGGGGCGCGGAGUGGGGUUGCGGGGGAGCGGGAGGAGCGGGAGGAACGGGCGGGACUGGUGGUGGGUGGGGCAGGUGCGGCGGGGAGAGAAGGGACGGAGCUGGUUGGCUGGAAGGCGAAGGGGGGAGAGGAGGGGGAGGGGGGGGAGGAGGGGGAGGGGGGGCAGGAGAGCGGGAGGGGGGGUGGAGAGCAGGGGGCAAGCGGGGGAGAGCAAGGGGCAGGGGAGGGAGAGCGGGGAAUGGAGGGGGACGUGGGGAAGGAUGUGGUGGAUGGGAUGGAAGUGGAUGACUCAAGGGCUGUGGGUGGUGGAGGAGUGGAGGAGAGAGAUGGAGGAGAGCAGAGGGGGGAAGGAGCUGAAGCAGAGGGGACAAACUCGAUGCCUGCGCGUGAAGGUCGAAAGGAGGGUGGUGGGGUGAUGGGUGCAGAAGCAACGCCACGAGACAUGAGGGCGGAGGAGGGUGUUGCAGGUGCAGAGGGGAUUGCAGGAGCAAGGGCACAUGCAGGAGGGACAGCAGAGGGAGCAACAGAGGGAGCAGCAGAGGGAGCAGCAGGGGGAGCAGCAGGGGGAGCAGCAGGGGGGGCAGCAGGGGGAGCAGCAGAGGGAACAGCAGAGGGAGCAGUAGAGGGAGCAGUAGAGGGAGCAGACGGAGAAGCAGGGGGGGAAGCAAAGGGAGCAGCAGACGGAGCAGCAGAAGGAGCGGCAAGAGCAGCAGAGGCAUGUGUUGUGGAGAAGUGUAUUGAGGAGGAGAGGGAAGUGCUGGUGGUUGGGGCGAGAGUGGCUGUUGCUGCUACCUCUGCUGCUGCACCUGGCAUGCCACGAGAGAGUGGCGGGUUUGCCAUGGGGAAAGAUGCUGUGCAGGGUGAGACAAGAGGGAGGGAGGAGGAGACUGCAGGGGACGCCGAGAGGAGAGGUGGAGGGUGUGAGGGGAGAGGAGAGGAAGCUUCUGGUGCUGCGGCGGCUGGUGAUGGUGCUGAAGGUUGCAGUGAGCAACAAGUAAAGGCGCAAGCUGAGGUGCAAGCAGAGGCGCAAGCAGAGGCGCGAACGAAACAAGCAACUGAGGAGGCUGCUCCCAUGCCUGCUAAUGCAACUCUAGCAGCACAAGUACCAGCAGUGGCUGCUGGAGGUACAGAGGGUGCACGCACUCACACGCAAGUGGCACCUGCUGGUGCUGCAGAGAUGGUGGGGGUGGGCAGGGCAGAGCAACAACAGCAACAACAGCAGCAACAGCAGCAACAGCAGCAACAGCAGCAACAGCAGCAACAGCAGCAACAGCAGCAACAGCAGCAACAGCAGCAACAGCAGCAACAGCAGCAACAGCAGCAACAGCAGCAACAGCAGCAACAGCAGCAACAGCAGCAACAGCAGCAACAGCAGCAACAGCAGCAACAGCAGCAACAGCAGCAACAGCAGCAACAGCAGCAACAGCAGCAACAGCAGCAACAGCAGCAACAGCAGCAACAGCAGCAACAGCAGCAACAGCAGCAACAGCAGCAACAGCAGCAACAGCAGCAACAGCAGCAACAGCAGCAACAGCAGCAACAGCAGCAACAGCAGCAACAGCAGCAACAGCAGCAACAGCAGCAACAGCAGCAACAGCAGCAACAGCAGCAACAGCAGCAACAGCAGCAACAGCAGCAACAGCAGCAACAGCAGCAACAGCAGCAACAGCAGCAACAGCAGCAACAGCAGCAACAGCAGCAACAGCAGCAACAGCAGCAACAGCAGCAACAGCAGCAACAGCAGCAACAGCAGCAACAGCAGCAACAGCAGCAACAGCAGCAACAGCAGCAACAGCAGCAACAGCAGCAACAGCAGCAACAGCAGCAACAGCAGCAACAGCAGCAACAGCAGCAACAGCAGCAAGAGCAGCAAGAGCAGCAAGAGCAGCAAGAGCAGCAACAGCAACAAGAGCAGCAGCAACAGCAACAAGAGCAGCAGCAACAGCAACAAGAGCAGCAGCAGCAGCAGCAGCGGCUGAAGGGGGUGCGGCUGCGCAAGUGGGGCAAGUGGGUGUCGGAGAUCCGGGAGCCGGGCAAGCGCAGCCGCAUAUGGCUAGGCACGUUUGAUAGCGCCGAGGCCGCCGCUGAGGCCUACGACGUGGCUGCCUUCCGACUCAGGGGCUCCAAGGCCUUCCUCAACUUCCCCUCCAGGCUCGAAACGAACCUUCAGAUGGCCCUACCCGGCCUGCCCCCCUCCGCCUCCUCCCCCAACGGCCUCUUCGCCUAUGCUCCUCCUCCUCCCCCAGCACCCCCUGCCUUCCCCACCUCUGCCUCCUCUCCCACGCAACCCUCUGCAGCUGCUACAGCUGCUGUUGCUGCAGAGGCUGGGGCUUUUCCAGACCCUGUGGUGGGGAGCUUGGGUGGGGUGGGCGGCGGUAAUGGUGCUGCUGCUGCAGUUGCUGCUGCUGCUGCUGCUCCGCUAUCGUUGUUGGAGGGACAGGUGGUGGAUGGGGCAAAGGGGCACCAGGGUGUAGGUCCUCUUUCGCCUGCUUCUUCCCCUGAGGUUCACUCCCCCUCCAGCCAUAAGCAGAGGCGUGCCGCCGUUGCUGGUGGUGGUGCUGCUGCUGCUUAUGCUGCCUCCGUGCCCCUGUCUGGGGCCACACCUGCCCUGCCUCCUUCCUCCCUGCCGCCACCUCACUCAUCUACCGCACCCGCUGCCUUUGAAAAUUCUCAAAACUCGUCUCUCUCCUCUGCACCCUCGCUUCCUCCGCUUGCUCCUCCGUCCACCCACUCUGCCUUCCUGUCUUCCCACUGGGCCUUAGCAGCAGCGGCGGCGGCUGCUGCUGCGCCUAAUCCGCCCGCUGCAACUGCUCCUUUUGCAACUACACCGGGACAAGCCCUAGCACCAGUGCCCAUGCAAGUGCCAGUGCCAUCAGUAGUGCCAGUGCCAGUUCCAGUGCCCCUCGCAGGCCCCAGGCCUAUGGACAUCCCCCCUCAGUUCGUGCACAUUCACACAGCAGCGGCCGCUGCAGCAGCAGCAGCAGCAGCAGCAGCAGCAGCGGCAGCAGCAGCAGGUGGAGCAGCAGCAGGUACAGCAGUAGGGGGUGCUGCUCCUGCGUGGCUCUCAUCUUCAACUAUACGACCAGUGGCCACAAACGCACCUCAGGGAACCUCUGGCCCCAUCUCUCCCCACCCCUACUCCUCUUCCGCCCCCUUGGUUCCCCCCUUCUCCUUUCUUCUCAACUCUCCCAACCCCGUAUGCUGUUCCACCCGUCUCUUUUCGCCCGCUGCUUGA